AUGGGCGGUGGUGCUGGUGGCUGUGGAUUAUCACAUCGUCUGGCUCGAUAUGUCAAGCAAGGCCAAAUGGCGGUUAUCGAACCAAGUGAUUAUCAUUUCUUCCAAGGAGGUUACACGCUGGUGGCUUCAGGAUUGAAGGAGAUGUCCACGUGUAUUCGGCCAAGCGGACCACUUUUCAACAAAAAAGCUAUUUGGCUGAGAAAUAGCGUUGCUGAGCUUCAUCCCAAACAGAACUCCAUUGUCUUAAACGAUGGCCGUGAAGUGACUUACGAAUUCUUAAUAGUAGCAGCAGGAUUACAGUUGCGUUACGAAUUGAUUGAAGGGUUGCCGGAAGCAUUCAAGUGCGAUCGAGUGAACAGUGUAUACACUGCAGAACUGACCAUGAAAAUGAAUCGUGAAUUGAACUCAUUCCGUGGCGGCACUGCCAUCUACACAUUCCCGAACACGCCGAUCAAGUGUGCCGGGGCACCGCAGAAAAUUUGUUAUCUCUCUGAUGAUUUCUUCCGGAAGAGUGGCGUGCGUGAUCGGACUAGGAUGAUGUAUAACACAUCACUGGGACGGAUAUUUGGCGUGGAGAAGUACGCGAAGGGACUGAUGAAAGUUAUACAGGACAGGAAUAUAGAACUCAAUACGAGGCAUAAUUUGAUCAAAGUGGAUCCGCUGACGCAAACUGCUAGCUUCGAGCUUCUCGAUGAUACAGCCAAACCCACCGGCAAAACGGUCGAUUUUCAUUACGAUUUGAUCCACGUGGCACCACCAUGUUCACCGGUCGAGCCUCUCCGGAAGUGCAAAGAUUUAACCGAUGAGAAAGGCUGGCUGGAUGUGGAUCCGGAUUUGCUGGUCAGCAAACGGUUCGAAAAUGUUUUUGGGAUUGGCGACUGUCUAAACACUCCAAACGCAAAAACUGCUGCAGCAUAUGACGGUUACGCAUCUUGCCCACUGCUCGUUUCAAUGAAUCGUGUUAUUUUGGCGGAGUUCAAUUCGGCUGGUCCACUGGAGACGUUGCCGAUUGACCAGGGGAAGCCUCUUUACGUUGGUUAUCUGGUGAAACGUUAUCUUCUACCUUGGCUGUACUGGGGGUUCCUUGUGAAAGGCUGGUGGCUUGGUCCAGCCAGGAUUCGUCAGUUCUUCCACCCAAUCGAUACGCUCAAAAGUUUAUUUGUUGUACCAGUGAAAAAAUCUUUGUAA